AGAAAUACAUGCGGCAUAAAUUGAGUUAUCAAGUCCAAAUUAGCCAUCCCAUUAGGAAGACAGUAAUUUAAAUAUUAAUUAAUAAAAGAAAUCUGAUAUGUUAAAUGAUGCUGACAAUUUUGCGGACAUCUUUCGCGGUGGACUGCCUUAUUAUCUCCUUAUAACUUUGCCGAUUUUAAUAUUCUGCUCGCCAUGUCUAGCUAGCGAGUUUCAAGUUAUGUCUAUGAUUAAAUUUGACGUCAAUGGCGAACAUUUUGGUUCUCGAUCUUCCGCUAUAUCUCUAGAAGCAAAAUCCUUAUAUACUUGGAACACUGGUCGGCAUUGUGUUCUAGCAAGGUUACUGGAUAUUUCUGUAAGCGAUUUAAAUGAAAUCCGACAGAAAGCAGGUGGCCUUAUAGUCAUGCUGCCGAAGGAUGUACAAGCUUUAGCCGAUGACGUUAAGGAUCAUGUCUUAAUGUUGGAGCAGCAAAUGCUGCAACAAUCCAUACCCGUGCCGGUUUAUUUUGCUCAUUUCAACAAGGAGUUGGAACAUAUUAUCAAUGAUAUCACAUACACAGCCAUCGAUAAUGAUACUAAAAACAAAACUGCAGCUAGCCAACUUUUAUUAUCUGUCUCUGCGAAUGGCUACCAUGUCACUGUAGAUGGACAAAAUAGUGCGGCGAACAAGAAUAGUAAAGUACCAGUUAUUCAAGGUGAAUUUUUGCCAAAUCAGCUUCCUCUGAAGCAUAUGGAGAACACUGUUGAGGGUAGUUUACCGCUUAUUCUUAUAACAGCAAGCUUGAAGACUUUUGGAAUAAUUAAUGAUUAUCCAUUAAAUGCUGAUGCCGCAGUUUUGAUGUCACUUAUAGAAGUAUUCAGUAAACUGCACUCCAUGAUUAGUACAGCGCCAAAAUACCGUAUAGGAUUCUUGCUUUCAGACUCUGGUAUGUUACUUAACUUCCAGGGAUCUAAAAAAUGGCUAGAAAUGGAUGACAAUAUGUCUCUACAGAAUGUUGAGUUUGUUUUAUGCCUGGACACGAUCACACAGAGUUUGACAAACAAUCAACCCAAUGUGCUAUACCUGCAUGUUUCCAAACCACCAAAGGAAAAAACUUCAAUAAGUCAAUUUUUUAAGCUACUCAAGUCAGUCGCAGGUCAUCACGCCGAAAACAUAACGGUUGAAGGGGUUCAUAAGAAAAUCAACUUAGCCGAUUUGAAACUUUCGUGGGAGCAUGAGCGUUUCAGCAUGAAGCGAUAUCCCGCUUUUACAUUAUCUUCGGUGAAAGCCCCUGGAAGUCCGUUCCGUACAACAAUGUUUAGGGACAACGAAGCCCAUAUAGUACAGCAAACGAUUACUGCUGUGAAGAUAAUUGCAGAGACUCUGGCAUGCUAUAUGUAUAAAAUAGAUACAUUAUCUGAGGUUUUUAGCGGCGAUGCUGUAAUAAGUGAAGCCAAUAUAUUGCCAUACCUUGGCGUAAAAUCGAUUUUGCAGAACAAUGAUAUCAAGGACGGAUUUGAAAAAUAUCUGAAAAAUGUUAAAAUUAUUUAUGAUAAACCUGAUGCUCGCGAGCCGGACUUUAUGUUUUACAAUGGCAUCGAUGCGAAGCUUAAUGUUUAUCGAGUCAAACCAGCCAUAUUUGAUCUGUUCCUUACAAUUGCAAUAUCCCUAUAUCUGUCUACUGUAUAUCUUGCUAUCCAGUUUUUCCCCAACUUUUACGGCGUAGUAUCCACAAAUUCAAAUGACUCCAUUGGCAACUUUUUCAGAAAUUCACAGAACGCCUUAAAGCGAAAAUGAAUAACAAAUGAACCACUGACAAAUUUAGACAAAUUAAAAGAAUUGUUAUAUUUAUAAUUACGUCGUGGCGCGUUGAGGUCCAAUAUUAUUGUAAAAUAAAUAUUUUACUUUGUAAGGGUUACUGUGUAAUAAUUAUAUUGGGAGAACCGGAAAUAUUUUCAUUGAUAGCUUUUACAGGCUCAUACCUGUUCUUUAUUAUUAUUUACUAGGAUGAUUCUUGUUUAUUACACUUUCCAUUUGUUAUUAAAAACUUGAAAAUUUCUCUAGAAUUUUUAUUGUAUUCCAAAAAACGAACAAUGUAAUCAUGAUUAUCUACGAAAAGAGCAAUAAAACAAAUUAGUUCAAUUCAGUUUAAAACCGGCUUGCACCCUUUCAAUACCGUCAACGUUUUGUUAAAACUUUCGAUUUACUAUUACAAUUAUAAAAAAAUUUUAAAAAUAAGA